AUGAUCUGAACAUAGUAUUACGUACUUACAGAAUAUUAUUAUCUAAAUAUUAGCCAAUACACGAGAAAUUUGAUCGUCAUUGAAUUUAUUGUUUAGAAAGUUUUACGGGAGUUGUGAAAAUUGGUGUUUACGAUUGAAUUUAGUGUUUACGAUAGGCCAGAAACAAAAGAUGUUGAAAAUAAUCACGUUAUUUGUAUGAGGAACGCCUUAAUUUAUAUUUUAAUGGAGUAUUUACUACUUGUUAAGAUAUCUGCUAUAACAACACACAUUCUGUGAAAAUUAGGUACUUAUAAUGGAAUAUAAUAUUACAGAUCAAAAGUCACAGGCCUUUUAAAGUUUGUAUCAACAAACGGCUAUACGCACUGCACUAUACAUGCUAAGUAUAUCUCCAAAACGAUGAAAUAAAAUAUAAUUAAUAUUUGGAUAAGUAUUCAAAUUCAAAUUCAAAAUAUUUAUUUCGGAAACUAGUCCAUAUUUAGUUAGUAACAAAAAGCUUAACCUAGUAUUAGUAACAGAUUCGAAAGACGAACAACAUAAAAAUAAAAAUAAAAAAAGUAGUAGUAGUAUAGUAUUAAAGUGACAUCAAAAAAGGUUAAUUAGCAAAAAUGACUUCAUUUACGGUGUUCUCAUUUCUCUUCCUAUGGAUAUUUUUUCAACAAGGUCUCCCUUUACGAGUACAUCGACCGGUGGAUGAGGUGCAGGAUGAAUGCGUGAAAUACUUUAAGUACGGUUAUGAAUCUAGAAAGCUGGCGUGUGGCGACGUGGGCCCAGUGUACGCUCCGUGCAGGAUGGAGCAGUCAGCCAACAGCACGUUCCCCGGCUGCUGCCCCCGGCUCGUCUGCCCACCCUACUACACCUACCUGGACGCGUACGUGUACACGUUCUCCCUGAUCGUGUCUGGGGGUCAAGCCCCGAUGCUUCGCGGGACCAUCACGCCCAAUCCCGUAGAAAGUUUACUUUACGUGACGAGAAUCAGUCCCGCAGUAUAUUCUCGUUUAGGGAAAUAAAAGAGUUAAUGCUUCAAAAUAUACCUACUUACGUUAACGUUUUUUUUUUGUUAUAAUAAGUAUAUUUAUACGUUUACGUUUUUUAACGUUUAAUUAUCUUAAGUGCAGUUUUCACUAACGCAGUUUUUGAAUAAUAAAUAUUUUUGAAUUUUGACCUCGGCACAGGGCCCUAGACGUUCUUUUAAAGCACUUCUUAAUUAGUAACCCUUUCUGUCCAACUAGUACUUACGUUUACGUUUAAUUAUCUUAAGUGCAGUUUUCACUAUAGCAGUUGGCUCGAUCAUUAUAUACAGCGAUACAUCUCUCACCACCUAUCACGUUAGUCUAACAGAAAGCUCGGUGAGGUGUGGGUACUUAGUUCAUCUUGCGUUGGAUGUACCUCUGACUACUCCAAUUGGGAUAUACCGUAAUCAUGGCACUUGCAACAGUGUCGAAAUAUCGGGAGUCUCAUAUCCCUAUUUUAAACGCGGUAAGAACCCGUUAUUAUGUGUUUUAAUUAUGGAUAUAUCGUGUCGUAUAUCAGGAGCUUAUGUUGGUUUAGUCGAUCGGAAUGCAACACAAAGUCUCUUUGAAAAUAAUGAACUACACAUACAUACAUAAUUAUGUACUUACACUAAAAAUCGACACAACUUUAGACUAUCGAUUAUAGGCCCCAAAAUAAUCUAAAUGUCGAUAUUGAGAAAUUCUAUAAUUAUAUCGAUUAGUCGAUAUAAUCGAUUAAGUCGACACUAUCGAUUAUUGCAAUACUAUCAAUAUAAUCGAUUAUAAUAAUUGUUAGAUAUAAUCGAUUAUGUCGACACUAUCGAUUAUUGCAAUACUAUCAAUUCAAUCGAUUAUUAAUCGAAAUACAGUCGAUUAUCGAGCAACACUAGGUGUGUUUAUGUCCCAGUGCUAUUAUACAAUAUUUUUUGUAUAAAACAUAAUAUGUACUUUCUUUUUUGUUGACGUCACUUAUUGUACCACGCCGUAUCCGGGUUCAUCCAGGUCUGCAUGAAAACCGCACCGCGCGCGGCGCGAAUUAUAUUGAGCGCUUGGACCAAUAAACGAUACGAAUGCUAUCUACGUAGAUGGACGUCAAACGGCUAUUGGUCGUAGGCCUCGAUGUAAUUCGCGCGGCGCGCGGCGCGGUUACCGUGCAGAGCCUACUGGAGUUUUAUUCUAUGCUAAUAGGUACCUAGUCAAUCAUUAUACUUUUGAACACCAGAAAUGGGCUUGUUAAGUUCUGUUUUUUUAUUAUUCCGACAUUAAUUAUUAUUUAAUUAAAACCAUUCUAAUGAACUGAUUCAUACCGACAAUUUAUUAUUAUAUUCAAAAUGUGAUAAAAAUAAUGGCCAUAAUGUGUCAAUCGACCUCGAGUAAAUCGGCACAUGUUUACCAGUUGUAACAAACACAUCAAUGGAUCCAUUUGUAACCGCGGUAGCUGGUGUGUCGGUGUGUGGUGUGGGGGCAGUGACCUCCUUGGUCACUCUGUUCAUCAGCUCCAUAUCCUGGGCCAUUAUACCGCGGUGGAGGACCUUCAAGAACUAUGUGUUCCUUAACAUCAUCUUCGCCUUCAACUUCAUAUACUACUUACCUUUAACUUUAUUUGUGACCAGCUACUGCCUCGACACGAAGAUCUCCUACGUCGCCCUGGACAUCACCGUUAAUUUUUUCAUGUUCGCCGCCUGUUGCUGGCUGAUGGUCAUGGCUAUGAUAUUCUACACCGAUCUGGUCAAAGUCUUCGGCAGUACCAUCACUAGGAAACUCCUCAAAAGCAACCUCUUCGGUUGGGGACUGCCUGUUGUUGUGAGCACCGCUAAGAUUGUCAACAAGCUCAUCAUUUUCCGAGUGAACGAAAAGGAAUUGGAUGAAGGGCAACUUCUGAUUUACCACAAAGUAUUCUACUGGGAGGAAGUUGCACAAAAUGUAGUGAUGAUGUUGUUGUUGCUGGUGAACUUCUUAGUGUACGUUAGAGUGGUGUACGAGCUCAUCAAGAUUCCGAAGGUCAGAUGUCACGGGAAACGCGGGGAGAAGCUGAAAGUGGCGACUCUGGCUUUUGUCAUGAGCGGGAUCCUCCUGCUAAUAUCUAUUUUGAUGACGGUUCUCAUGCUAACCGGAGCGAAGGACAAAUACUACUUGUAUCCCCUGGGUUUGGCGAUGUUCGGGGUGCAGACUACGGUCAUCAACGUCUGCUACUUGCGGUCGAAGGUCAUCAGGCAGACGUGGAAACAGCACGUGAAGGAUAUUCAGAGAGCAAAGAGGAACAGAGAACUCGAAAUAGAUACUUCUAAACUUUCUUUUACCAUGGACAAUACCAAUCUUUAGUAGAUUUGUUUUCUAAGUUUGAUGGAUGCCUGUAUAACUAAUUUAUUUAUUUAGCUUAUGUAGCAUGGUAACUGUUUGUAAGUAAGUACUUUAUUUU